AUGUCAGCUUUGCGCAACGAACAACGUUUUGUGGUCCUGAUGCUAAUUGGACUGGUGAGCGGUGCCUGGCUAGGUGCUGGCACCACAGCACAGACCUUUACAUCGGAGGAUCGCGGCGCCAUACUGAAAUUUAUGGAUGUGCUAAUCAAUUUCCUCGAUGCCGAGUCCGAUAAUGGCACCAGCACUGAGAGCCCUAACAAUGCCACCACAACCGCGAGCGAUUCGACUAUUGCCAGCAGCGAGAGCACUGAAGCAACGAGUGAGAUCACAACGCUGGCAACGAAUGAAACUAGCACAAUAACCACCAGUAUCAGCACCGCCAUCAGCAGCACCAGCGACAGCACCACCAGCAGCAGCACCGCCCAAGCCAGUGUGGCGCCACGUCGCAUUUGUUUUAAGCGUGUCUGCUAUAAGUUUGCGGGUGACAAGGGUUAUAUUUAUUAA